AUGUUUCCUCAAAUAAGCAGCAAUAAAAAAGCUAUUGAGUAAAGUAAUAAUCAGCAAGGAACUAAUUCUUUGAAGAACUCCAAACAUAAUUUUAAAAGAUAUGGAGAAAAAACAAAAGAUGAACUUUCAGGAGCUAUAACUCUAAGAUCAAUUGAUUAGUAAUAAUAGAUUGACUCUCAAGCAUUGGAGCUUAAAAACUCUCAUUUAGGACACUAAUUCAAAAUAUCGAAAAAUAAUGAUUCCAGAAAAUAUUCAUUAGCUGAGCGUUUUUUCAAAAAAAAUGAGGAUAAAUCAUUAAAAUUAAGCCAUUCAUCAUCAGUAAAAGAAAAUCUUCUAUCUAAAUAAUCAAUGAGCCCUACAAGUAAACAAAUAUUCAGUGAGCUAAUAAAUACAUAAAACAAGUAUCUAAGCAUGUCUCCAGAUAAUCUUUCAGGAAAUAUAUUGAUUUUUGUUAAGCCUGAGGGAUAAGAUAGAUUUAAAAAAUAAGUCGGAUAUAGUAAGUAGUUAAAAUCAUUAGAUGUGAAAAUCAAUAGACUUAAAGAUGAAUUAGAACAGCUUUACUCAUCUAAAAAAAACAUUUAAUCUUAAAAUACGUUCGAAGAAUAAAAUGAUGAAAACUAUUAAAAAGAAGAAGAUAUGCAGCAAUCUAAAUUUGAUUUUAUUACUUAACAUUAAGAUAAUAAAGGAUCAUUAGAAAUGUUUGCCCCAAGCUAAAUUAUUUAGGAAAAGCCUUCUAAAACUUUUAACUCAGAACCUUUAUCUGAUUUGAGCAACAAUGAAUAGCCUGUACCUUCUAUACAACACAUGAUUAAGAAAAACAUGGAAAAAAGUGAGUAGUAAUUCGAAAGCCAAAACUCUCAAAUAAGCUUGCUUAACUAGCAAAACAAUGAAAGCUCUUCUAAGUAAAAUUUAUAAAAUACUAAUCAAGACUAGAUGUCUUCACUUUAGGGAGCAAGUAACAGUGUAGAUUUAUUUAAAUAAAAAAUAAUGAAUUCUUCUAUGGUAAGUGUAGAACAAUAAUUUACUCGAAUUUAUGACUUAUAUUCGAAAUCAAUAGCUUCAGCCUUCCAUUCUAGAGAUUUGGAAAAACCAUAAAAACAUAAAAAGAAAAAGAAUCCAAAAUUUUUGAUAUGUAAUUCGAUGCUAAAAAGUGGAGUAGUAAACAGCAAAAGUGAACAUUUGAUGAGAAUUUAUAAUAGAGAACAUAAGCCAUCUUAGAUAAAUAUAUGCUUACCAUCUUUUCCUACUAAAAAGAAUCCCUAGGAAUACAUUUUAGCAACCUAUUUUGAUAAGUAUAAACCUAUUAAAAUCUCAAAACAGAAUGAAGUUGUUGAUUUGAUUCCAAAAUAUUUAAAAGAAGAGAUAGAAACUGAAUUUAAAUAAAUUAAAGAUUCGACAUUUUAGAAUAUUAGCAAUAAUUAAAAGCUGCAGAGCUUAAAUUAAAUAACCUAAAAAUCUACUAUAGAAUCAUAGAAGUGGCAAAACACAGGAGUUUUCAGUGAUCUAAAUAAAGGUUUUGUUGAGAGUAGUCAUUAAAAUUCAUAAGAAAAUUUAGAAACUUUCAACAAUUUUUUCAGUAUUUCAAAACAGAAGAUUUGA